UUUUCUAAGGCUCUUCUGACUAAUCAUGGCUGACUGGAGUCUACUCGGGAACUUUCUAGAAGAAGUCCAGGAACAUUCCACCUCGGUGGGAAAGGUGUGGCUCACCAUUCUUUUCAUCUUCCGGAUCUUGGUCCUGGGCACAGCCGCCGAGUCCUCGUGGGGCGACGAGCAGGAAGACUUCACCUGCGACACUGAGCAGCCCGGUUGUGAGAACGUUUGUUACGAUCAAGCCUUUCCCAUCGCGCAUAUCCGCUUCUGGGUGCUCCAGAUUGUAUUCGUGUCCACACCUUCUCUCAUCUACAUGGGACACGCGAUGCACAUUGUCCGCAGAGAGGAGAAGAGGAGGAAAGAGCAGGAAGACGGAGGAGCACAAAGAGACAGAGAUGGAGAAAAGUACCCAGAGGAAGACAAGAACUGUGGGAAGGAGGACGAAGGUGGAGGUGGGAAGUUGCAACUGAAGGGGGCUUUGCUACAAACAUACGUAUUUAGCAUCCUCAUCCGCUCUGUAAUGGAAGUGAUCUUCAUCAUAGUCCAGUACAUGAUCUAUGGAGUCUUCCUUAAUGCACUCUACGUAUGUAAGGCCCUUCCGUGUCCGCAUCCGGUCAACUGCUACAUCUCAAGACCUACGGAGAAGAACGUGUUUAUUGUGUUUAUGCUGACAGUAGGAGCUGUAUCGCUGUUACUAAGUAUCGUAGAACUGUAUCAUUUGGCGUGGAAGCAGUUUAAGGGUUGUUUGCAAGGAUAUAAGGCUUCCAAACAGCGACCGAAUACACCAUCUACGAUGGUUGCAGUCUCACCAAACCAGUCCACACCAAACCGAGGCUGCACUCCACCUCCCGACUUCAACCAGUGCUUGACCUCUCCACCAUCUUCCCCUACCAUACAGACACACCCACACUCGCUUUUACACCCAACCUGCCCGCCUUUUCACAACCGGCUGGAGCACCAGCAAAACUCGGUGAACAUGGUCACUGAACGCCAUCGAGGUCAAGACUACCUAGGGGUCAACUUCUUGAGCUUCUCACAUACACCUACAGAGACGCCCAACUCAUGCGCCUCGCCUUCGUUUCUAAGCAGUGAUUUUGUUGAGGACAAGCGAAGGUUUAGCAAGAGCAGCGGGACCAGCAGCCGCAUGAGGCCGGACGACCUUGCAGUAUAGCACUGACCCAGUAGCAUCUGAAAAAGGGUCGUCUAGUGUGACUAGUCAUAAAUCUGUGAUACGAUUUUAGACUUGACCUAACAUAUUUACUUUAUUGCUGUCUGAAUAUUGGUUCACAGAUUUACACAGAUGUAUAAAUGUGAGUGCAAUGCAUUUGAUGCAUUUUGAUGCACAAGGAAAACCAUUCGACCUAAAAAAGUCACCAUGAAAUCAAAAUUUAGAAACUUGUUUGACCUCUGAAAAGCCUUUUGUCACUUUGCAUUUGGACUAAUGCAUUGGAAACAAAAUCAAGCCUUUUUACUCUGAAAUGCACCGUACUACACCACAGUUUCACUGUAAUAAUGCACUAUAAUAUACUGUUGCACCAUAAUGCACUGAUGAAAUUUUUUCCCCCUUAUUGGUAAAUGAGAUGUUUGUAUUUUA